AUGGGCUCAACAAUCGCGGCUGAUAAGUUCCCUCUCGAAGGCCGAGAUCUAGCAUCAGUUACUCGCGACGAGAUCAUCAAAAGCAUCCCAGUUUCCCCAGAGUUUAGACUAUGUGAAGGAGCUGCCUCAAUAGCUCGAGUGUCGAGCUCUGGGGUAGUGAAAUGGGGGCGACAUAUUCAUCUCUUUGAAGCAAGAAAUAUGCAAUAUAUUGCCAAGCACACCCAAAUCCUUCUUCCAGCUGUUAUUGAUGCAUGGGAAGUGGACGAUGCGACUGAAGAAGAGGAGUCAAACACAUGCUACAUCGUCAUGGAGUUUGUACCCGGAAAAUUAGCGAUUGAUAUUUGGGACGACCUUGAUGAAAAAGCUCGUCAAAACAUCCACUCCCAACUCUACGGAUACAUAUGCCAACUCCAGGCCCUCGAAUUCAAUACUCCAGGCCCGGUCGGGGGAGGUAUCUCUGAAAGUUCCCUUUUCACCGGGUAUGGAGCGGGACCAUUUCAAUCCGCCAAGGACCUCGAAGAUUGGUACAACAAUCGUUUGCUUGUAUCUCACGACUUCGGGCACGCCAAGCAUUUGCCUCCUGGGGCAUUUUCGGGAACGUUUCGGAAGCUGGUUAUGUGCCAUUUGGAUUUCAAUCCGCGUAAUGUGAUAAUUGAUGAUGCGGGAAAGGUCUGGCUUAUUGACUGGGGGUUGGCUGGCGCUUAUCCACCGUGGUUUGAAGAGGCACGACUGGGAUGGGGUGCGUCUUUGAGUUGGGAAGUAGGGCUGUUAAAUUUGAUGAGAAAGGAGAUGUAUAAGGAAGAUAUUGCUAAGCUUGUAGCUAUCUUUUUUGCGCUAACAACGGGAGGUUACUGCCAACCAAGAGCAAGAGUUGAGAAUAAGCAAUAA